CCCACGACGUACGUGACCACCAGUCGAUCGGAAAACGGUGAUCGAAAUGUGCAAAGUUUCGUCAAAAUUGAUGUGUCGAAAAUAAAUCAACAAAAUACGACCGAGACGCCCAAUGUGACCAUUUCGACACCACCGGGGGAAACCAGCACCGCAGGGACAACGGCAGCGUCUACAAUCGGCUCCAGCACUCUCAGUUCAGGCACUAAAACUACCGAAAGUUCCACGGGCCGACCGAGUUCUACACCGAGUGCCGCCACCACGACCGAGACGGUGCCACCGAUCGAUUUAAAUCCCCAAGUUCCGCUGCAAGGCCGGGCAGCAAAGUUGAUCCCUACCGGAUACUACUGUCGUUGUGAUUUGAAGAUUAACGUUUGCGAUGUAAACUGUUGCUGCGACAUCGAUUGCAGUGAGGCCAUCCUGAAGGUGUUCAACUGCGACCAGGAACAACUGCACACGGAAGAAUAUCAUCACGGCGAGGGACUGCAAUCCUGCCGGGUUCAGGGUGGGCUGCUGUGCCUCGUAGAACCUAUCCACGAGGAAGGUGAUGAACGGCACUACGAUCCGAACCAGAAAGCGGAUGCUACGAAGCACCGGUGGAAGGAUGUGUUUCCGCUUGACGUCACCGUGCCGGAAGAGGCCAGAUUGGAUCACUAUCGUGUGGAUGACCCGAUUCACUUCUACAAUGAGACCAGUGAGACGGUGGAAACGUUUGCUCUUCCGUAUUCGCUCACCAACGGUGCUUGUCAGAUCGAACAGCCGGUGCAGUUUCUGCGCGAUCGGAUCAAUCGCUGCCGUCGACGGGUGGACGACCUAACCACCGUCAAUCGUCAGUUCUUGCAUCAACUGAUCACCACCGGUCGGUUCUUUCGUUCACCAAAAACCCGAGCCGCCACCGAGCAUCCUUGCAUGGGAGAUGAUUGCCUCAAUGUCACGUACACCGUGUCCGUGUGCUACACGGCGAUUGGGGAAGGCGGCUGGAACUGUACGCAGAAUUCAACCUCGGAUGCGGCGGGAUUGGUGGAACUUUCGGACGAGGAGUACGACACAUCGUGCCCCACGAUCGUGAUAAAGUUUAAUCACAACUUCACCAACCUUCUCACGAUCGAAGCGAAACUGCUCUGCCAGCGAAUGGACACCGGUGACGAUUCGGAGUACGCGUGGCAACGAAUCACCGUGAAGUUUGUAGCUCAGCCGAUCAGCCCAAAGCGUAACAACGUAACCUACCGCACGAGCGGCAAUCUUGGCUACCUUCCGGGUAAACCUUUGCUCGUAACUCCCCUGGAACUUCCCCCAAAUGGCACCCACGACACUGGUUCACCGAAAACGAUGUUGGCUUUCUUUACGAACGGAACCCGUCAACCCGAUGAAUCUUUCCGCCUCCGGUUGCCCGUUAGCAGACGCAACCGAUGCCGCCUGUCCAGUGAUGAGCACGAAACGAUCAACUUUGGGGUCGAUUCAUGGCACCGCUGCAACUUCAUACCGCCGGAUGCCGUCACCAACGCGACGGGUGGCCGCAAUUACACUCGGUUCUGUGGCAAACUGCAGGAAAGUAUCUACUCCCAUCUUCUGCACGGUGUGCGAUCGGACGGUGAGGGUCGCCUCUACGAGAACCUCAAUCUGUACGUCUCAAAGUACGGCAAUCCGGUUAACCGGACAUCCGAGUGGGUUCGUGUCCGCACGGUCAACGUGAGAAGCGAAGCCGUGGCGGAAACAACAGCAGCGGAUGAGUAUUUCAGCUGCAGCAACAUGCACAUCAACGUGGACUAUCGGAUCUUCUUUGCCGUAGAGCGAGUGCGAAACGUGCGCUACCAGGCGAUCGUACACGAGGUGGAGAUCGUGUUUGGACCACGCGUGAACUUACGAUUCCGCCAGGAGGAGGACAUCCGGGUGCCGAUCUUCGUGCAGGUGCAGUUCCUCGAUCUUACCUCGUCGUCGUCGCCGCUAAAAUCCGCCGUAAUGGUGAUCGCGGUUGGUGGGCUCUGUUGGUGUGCAGCUUUAUUGUAAAAAUGUCGUGCCUGUGUGGGGAAAUAAAA